AUGAAGACCGGUGAUGUCUCUGACGACGGUGAGAAGGCAAAGGAGCGCUCAUCUCCCAGAGCGGGUGAUAGCACCAGGAAAGAAGGCGUCGACGUCGAAGGUCCUGGCAGCUGGGAAUCGCCGGACUCGCAGGACCCAUCACCGCGGCAUUUGCAGAAGGAGGAGAUCCUCAGCGAGGGCGAGGAAUCGGAGUCGGAGGAGGUCGCAGAGCCGUCGGCGGAGGCUGAGGCCAAGGUGAAGGACACGAAGGAGGUCUCCCAUGUCGAAGAGGCGGACUUGCCUGGCAGAUCAGAGUCGGACCUGCCUGCCAGAUCAGAGUCGGACCUGCCUGCGCGAUCAGAGUCGGACCUGCCUGCGCGAUCAGAGUCGGACCUGCCCGCGCGAUCAGAGUCGGACCAGGCGCAUCUGUGGAGAGGCCUGGAUGACUAUACGGCCAUGGCGGUGGCUGAGAUGGCCGGGGACAGCCGAGCAGUGGCGGCCCAUGCGCGGAGGCUCCUGGAUGGGGUGAUCCUUGAGGAGGAGCAGCCCCCAGAGGAGCCGGAGCCGGAAGUGCCUCAGCCGGAUCUCGAGGAGCCGCAGCCGAGGCCGCCGUCCAAUCCGCCGGAGAAGCCGCGCCGCGAGCGACACCAGGCCUUUGGUGUGGAACGGGAUGGCCGUGGUCGAGUUGCCAUCUCCGCGGAAUGA